UAUCUCUGAAUGAGUGUAUCGGAUAGACAUAAAGUUUUAUUGGAAGCUUGAGCGCUUACUCCUCAUAUUUUUCGGUAUGGACAUAUCAGUAGUAAAGUCGGAGGGGCUUUUCCACCUGAUAACAUACAUACUGUUAAUGAAGGUGUGUCCUUGUCGUUCUUGUCGCUAUCGUACGCAUUUGGGAGAAUCCAUAACUGACGGAGACAUUUGCAAAAAGUGAUGUCAAUUCAGAGCUUCCUGGAGGUGAUUCAGUUUCUACACAACCUUGAUCUUGAAUGUGGAUGAGUCGGCGCUGCUGUAGAUGUUGUUUGUUCUUUCGAUGCUCUCGUGUGGUUGACAGAAUGAUCACAGUUAGACUUGUGCCGCUAUGAGACAUGUCUACCAUAGAUUUAGUCGUUAUAAGCGAAAACGGUCUUCCGCAUAGAUUGCUUCCAGUCGCACUACGUACUUCAAGCGAAGAGCCGAACUGUAUUACAGUAUACGUCAAUUGGAUGGGAGUUACGACCACAGUUUUUCCGGUCAUGACUGUGAAAGAGACUUGGAAAAUCUCCACUGCAACUGGGCCACUCCCUGAUCCUGUGUCCACACGGCCUUCCGUAUCCAGGCGUCCUACUAGGGUAGCUCUGAUAGCGUUGCUGGCGGCCGUAGGUCUACUCGCGAACUACAACGUCUGGCAUUACUCCUGGGAGCGCCAUGCGGCAUCCCAUAGCUCCACUCACCGCAACCCUCACACAUUCGCAAAUGUUUGUCCCCAAGCUCCAGAGUUGAUCCCUCAACGAAACUUCGACACAUGGGAGAACCUUAGUGCUACAUACGAUACCGACGCCUUCAAGUCGAAAGCGGUAGAUUGGCUUUCAAAAGCCGUUCAAGUCCCAACGGAGUCGUAUGAUUAUUAUGGCCCGGUGGGAACAGAUCCACGGUGGGAGAAGUUCCAUGCAUUCCACGAGUACCUCCAACAAGCUUUCCCAUCGGUACACGCGACGCUCGAGUUGACCAAUGUGAAUACCUAUGGCCUCAUUUUCGUGUGGAAAGGAUCAGACGAGGAAUUGAAGCCCCUACUAUUAGCUGGACACCAAGAUGUCGUGCCUGUGGAACCUGCGACUAUUGAUGAUUGGCUCCACCCGCCCUUUUCGGGCCACUUUGAUGGAACCCAUAUCUGGGGCCGAGGAAGCUGCGAUGACAAGAGUGGUAUCAUUGGUAUCAUGGCGACGAUCGAGACCAUGUUAACGAGUGGCUUUGAGCCGACCCGUACUGUUGUCCUUGCAUUUGGAUUUGAUGAAGAGUCGAGGGGAACUCAUGGUGCAAAAACGCUAGCAGUCAAACUUGAAGAGAUGUUUGGUGCCAACGGGUAUGCGAUGUUAGUCGAUGAAGGCUCUGGAUACGAUGAGCAAUAUGGUCGCGUUAUCGCGACACCCAGCAUCGCUGAAAAGGGGUACCUCGACGUCCAUAUAGAGGUCACCACUCCUGGAGGGCACUCGAGCUUGCCUCCCCCUCAUACAAGCAUUGGUAUUCUAGCCCAAAUGCUUGUUAAACUCGAAGCGAAUCCCUUCAAGGCCCAACUGGCGCGUAACUCUCCAAUUUACAAAAGCGUGCAAUGCUUGGCCGCACACGCCCCAGACCUCCCUGAACAUCUCAGGAAAGACAUUUUCGCAUCAGCCUAUUCUGACGAAGCGCUCCACGCAGCUGAAAAUGCAUUAUUCACGAACUUGGCAUUCAAGAAUCUCGUUGGAACCACACAAGCGAUCGAUAUUGUUCAGGGAGGUGUCAAAGUUAACGCAUUGCCUGAACAGGCUUGGGCGGUAGUCAAUCAUCGGAUUUCGACGGAGAGUUCUAUCACCCAAACCAAAGCACGUGAUAUCGACCUUCUCAAACCUCUGGCUUCGAAAUUUAACCUCGCCUACACCGCCUUCGGAGAGAAUAUUCGCUAUGAUGACCACUUCACAGUUCCCUCUACAUAUGGCAACCUAACUUUAUCGGAGGCGUUUGGGAAGGUCGGGUUGGAACCUGCACCGGUGACGCCGACCGAAGGCGACGACGCAGCACCCUACACAAUUCUUUCGGGUUCAAUCAAGGCGGCGUUCAACAGGCACAGGGGUAUCGAAGGGGAUGUCGAUGCUGUUGUUGUUAGUCCAGGGGUUUUGUCUGGGAACACGGACACGACGUAUUACUGGAAGCUCACGCCUCAUAUCAUUCGGUAUGGACAUGUUAUGAAGGGGUCAUCCUUCUGUAGGAUACAUACUGUAAAUGAAGCAAUGUCGAUCGACAACUUCGUGGAAAUAAUUCGGUACCAUACGGCUUUGAUAUUGAAUGUGGACGAGUCAGCGUUGCCGUAGAGGAGUUGCUAUGGAGAUGUUGAUACAUAACACACAUAGUUGGAAGACUUGAAUAAGCUCGAUACGAGGAUCAUAGGCAGUUUACUGUAUGUAUGAUUAUCGUCGUUGGUAGGUACCCGUAAGACUUGAGCUGCUAUGCUCAGAAACACUCAGC